AUGUUCGACACUGAUAACAUUAACGAUAACAUUAACGAUAACAUAAACGAUAACAUUAACGAUAACAUUAACGAUAACAUAAACGAUAACAUUAACGAUAACAUUAACGAUAACAUAAAUGCUCCAUGUCAAUUAUGUUCGACACUGAUAACAUUAACGAUAACAUAA